CUGAUUGGAUAAAAGGAAACUGCCGGUGAAUGGAAAAAAAUAGAGAAGUUACAGUAACGUGGUUAUUUAGCCAUUUGUUGUUGCAACGUGAUAUAUGCAAGUGUACGAUGGUUGUACCUUUCUGACCAGCUAGUGAACGGCUACUUUCGUUAUUAGACAAUGGGACCAAAUAUGAAACGUCACAUAUUUACACCGCCGAGCUAGUUGGCUUAAUUCAGAAUAUAGGAUCAUGUGUUUCGGGGGUUUGUCGUAGGGUUAAAAGAUGGCUGACAGUAAGUGUGGUGCAGUGAUGGAGUCUGUCAUGCUGGUGGCUCCAGUCACGGCCCUGGAGUUCCUGGGGGAGGACUACCUGCUGGCAGGCGAGGGCCCAAACCUGUCUGUCUACAGCCUUCACGCUCCACCCGCCGUCUGCGCCACGCUGACCGCGCUCCGAAACCAGCGCAUCCACGGCGUCCGCCCGGAUCCAUGGCAACAGGGGCGAGUGUCGCGCACCGCUGUCACCGAGGAGGAGGAGGAUGCGGAGUUAGAGGCGUCGCCGUGGCAACGGGAACAAGGAAAGAGGGCGGCCCUCUCCGAAGAGGAGGAGGAGGAGGAGCCGUCUCCGUGGCGACAGUCCGGGGGGGUCCGGAGCGCGGUGCUGGCGGUGUUCGGGGGGAAGGCCGUAAGGCUGGUGGGCUUUGAGGAGGCGGGGGUCGGGGGGUCUCCCUGUCUGCGGGCCCUGGGGCCCCUGCGGGAGCUGCAGGACUGGGUGUGCGACGUGCGCUGGCUCCGGGGCGGGGCUCCCCUCCUGGCCGUGGCUCUGGCCCACAAUGCCGUUCUCCUGCUGGAGGCGGGGAGGGGGCGGAGCCUGGCGCUCCGCUCCUGCCGGGAGGGCUGCCUGCUGUACUCCGCCCUGCUGCUGGGGCAGCGCUGGGAUCACGUGGUCGUGGUGGGCGGGACCGUUUUCAACCAGCUGGUGUUGUGGAGGCCCGGAGGGGGCGGGGCGGGGGGCGGGAUGGCCGAGCGGGGCGCUCCGGUGGAGGCGCGGCUGGCGGGGCACGGCGGGGUGAUCUUCGGCCUGGCGUACGAGCGGCGGCUCGGCUGGCUGGCCUCGGCGUCCGACGACCGCAGCGUGCGCCUGUGGGGGGUGGGGCGGCUGGGCGGGGCGGCGGGCUGCGGGGGCGACCCGGCCCCGCCCUGCCUGCGGGUGCUGUACGGGCACCAGGCCCGGGUGUUCUCCGUGCGCCUCCUCUCGCCCGGCCGGGUGUACAGCGCGGGGGAGGACGGGGCCUGCCUGCAGUGGGACGGGCACAGCGGGCGUGUGCAGCGCACCCUGAGGGGCCACAGGGCCGGCGGGGUCCGGGCGCUGGCCCUCAGCGGCGAGGGCGGGGCGGGACGGCACGGGUGGGUCGCCACUGGGGGGCGGACGGGAGUCCGGCUCUGGAGGGUGGGCGAAGGGGAGGGGGAGGGCGAGGGUGUCCCUGAAACCGAGGCACUGGAGGACCUGGGGUUCGACGGCAGAGGGAGCCCCAAGGUGGUGCGAGUGGUGGGGUCGGGUGGGUGGAGGGAGGGGGGGGUGGUGGUGGUGAGCACAGACCAGGGGGAGGUGUACCUCCGGGAGGGGGGAGGGUGGAGGCCGGUGUGGGAGGGGGGCCCGGAGUACCGGUCGUACAGUGUGAUGGAGGUGCUGGAUGUGGGCGGGGCUGGGGGCGGGGCCUGGGCGGGGCUCUGCGCCGUGGGCAGCCUAUCAGGGGCGGUGUGCGUGUUCCCCCUGUCUCAGCCCGGCGCCCAGGUACACCUGAGAGCAGGCGAGGGGAAGGUUCACAGCGUGCUGUGGGCGGGGCUGGGCGGGGGGCGGGCCUACCUGCUGGCCUCGGGCGUGGCGGGGCAGGUGCGUCGCUGGCGCCUGGAGGUGCGGUCUGACGGACGGGGCCUGGCGGUGAGCGUGGAGCCCCUCCCCUCCUUCCUCCUGCCCCCCUGUGCUAAACGCUGGCUCACCGCCGCGGCCUUCCUCCCCCGGCCACAGGGGGCGCUGUGGUUCUGUGGAGACAGGAGGGGCUCCCUUCUGCUUUACAGAGACCGGAGAGAGGGAGAGGGGGAUGAGAGAGAUGGUGAAGGGGAUGAGAGAGAGGGAGAGGGCGAUGAGAGAGAGGGUGAGGGGGACGAGAGAGGGGGAGAGGGGGCUGAGAGAGAAGAAGAAAGACAGGGAGGAGAGGGAGAGGGAGAGGCAGGGGACGGAGAGGCGGUGCAGCCGGUUUGGACUUUGUUCGGGGCUCACGGGAAGCAGGGCGUGACGUGGGUGUGCGAGCACCAGGGGGCGCUGUUCAGCUGCGGGAGAGACGGCUGCGUGCGCGUGCUGAGGGUGGAGGAGGGAGGGGGAGGGGAGCGGCUGGAGCUGCUGAGGGUGGAGCGGGCGUGCCGGGGGAUGGAGUGGGUGGAGCGGGUCCUGUUCCUGGAUCCGGAGGCGGGGGCGAAGGAGGAGGAGGCGGGGCAGGUGGGGGGGCGGAUGGCGGUUUUGGGAUUCCACUCCGUCUCCUUCGUGGUGUGGGACGUGGCGCGAAGGGAGCGGCUGCUCUCGGUGCCCUGCGGGGGGGGCCACCGGUCCUGGAGCUACGCCCCGGCCUCCGGCCUGGUGUUCGUGAAGCAGGGGGCGGUGGCGGCCGCCCGGGACCCCCGGGGGGCGGGGGGGGGCGGCGGCGGCGGCGGCUGGGGGCUGAGGCCGGGGCUGCACGGGCGGGGCGCGGGCUGCGUGUGUCGCCUGGGCCGGGCAGGGCCCUGGGAGGUGCUGGCGUCCGGGGGGGAGGACACCACCCUGAGCGUGCUGGCUGCGCGGCCCGUCGGCGGGGAACUCGCGGUGCUGUCCGUCGUCACCGACCACAUCUCCAGCGUCCGCGCCCUCGCCGCGGUGCCGCGGGGGGGCGGCGGGGCGGACGGACAGACGGCGGCGGCCUCCCCCCUCUCGGCCCUGCUGAUUUCGGCCGGGGGCAGGGCUCAGCUGCAGUGCUACCGGCUGCUGAUUGGCUGGGGCCCGGGGCCCGGCCCGCCCACCUGUCAGGUGAUCCAGGUGGCCGGCCACCGGUUGGAUGAGCAGUGGGAAAGAAGGCGGAACCGGCACAAGACCGUGAAAAUGGACCCUGAGACCAGGUACAUGUCUUUGGCAGUGCUGCAUGAUGGGACAGCGGGGGUCCUCCUAGCUGUGGCCUGCAGUGAUGGUGCCGUGAGAGUUUUCUCAGUCAGUGAAGUGGACAGGAAGUUCCAGCUGCUGUGGGAGAGCUUCUAUCACCAGCGCUGUGUGCUCAGUCUCGCCCCCUGCUGGAUGGAGGACCGUCUGGGCAAUCGGAGGCUGUUUGUGUUCAGUGGGGCCACAGAUGGAAGUGUUGCAUUGUGGGAUAUGAGCACACUCACAGCCUGGAGAGCCAGUUCCACUGCUGGCCUCAUGUGGAAUGGUCCAGGCAGUCCCUGCUUCACAGUGACUGUCCAUCAGAGUGGUGUCAACAGCCUGGUCGUGUGGGAGGGGCAUGGGGAGGAGGCGGACCAUGAGGAGGAGGAGGCGGAGCCUGGGGAGAAAGAAGCAGCCUGGAUGACUGUGGCAAGCGGAGGAGAUGACGGGCAGUUGUCAGUGGUUAAUAUUCGGCUGCAGUUCCCCCGGCCGCAGGUAGAGGGCGGUGCUGUAUCCGUGCAGUUGCAGUCACGCUCCUCGGUGCCCCUGGCUCACGCUGCCCCGGUGACGGCUCUUCAACGUCUGGGUCCCGGCCUGCUGGUCUCCACCUCCCCUGACCAACGCGUGUGCCUCUGGCAACUGACCAGCCCCGCCCCUCACCAACAAGGCCCUGCCCCUCACCCACACGGCCCUGGCCCUAACCAGCAGGGCCCCGCCCCUCAUGAACAGGGACCCACCCCACACCGUUCGGGUCCCGCCCUUUGCCACCAGGGGACGCUGUUCUCGCACGUGGCGGACGCAGCGGGCGUGGCGGCGUGGCCUGGGGUUGGGCCGGGGGGCGGAGCCUGGGCGGCGGUUUGCGGUCAGGGGUUGCAGCUGCUGCGAAUCAGAGGAGAGGAGAGGGAAAGGGCGAACGAGUGAGGGAAUGAACGGCGGGCGUGGGAGGUCAGAGGUCAGAGGUCAUGCGCUCUCCCUGCGCUCCACAAACACAGCCGGCCUGGAGGACGUCCCAAAGCUCGGCUGGAGGUGGAACUCAGUCACCUCAGAUUCUCGCCCUGCACACACACACGGAACACACGCGGAAUGCACACACGAAACACACACGGAACGCACAGCGCAAGCGUGUGUAAGCGCGCCGUUCACAUGCAGACGGACCUCACGCCUACAGACACGCGUGCGUGCAGCAGACCUGCGCUGCCGUGUCAGGGACAGGUAUCCCUGCUCUCUGUGCCGUGGCUGGCGUGAACCAGAGGACCGGAACAGUCUUUAUUAUAUUUAUAGACCAGGGCAGACCGGUGGCAAAUCGCAGGGAGGUGAUGCAGUCUGCUGGGACUGCAGUCUAAAUCACAAUCGCUUGUGCUCGUGUUGUUGCUGACAGUAUACUUUUUAUAAUUGUGAGAUAAGGUUUAUUAUUGUGAAAUAAAGCGUUUAUGCUGCGUGUGGAGUACGGGUCGGUGUUGUGUGUGCCGUUGUGGAAACGAGUGGGGCGCUCAGCAUGCAUAUUUGAUGAUGUUUCAAGUUGCCUUUUGUCCAGCGUCUGUGUGUCUGCCAGCGUGUCUGGAACUGCUCACUGUUGAGUGGUGGAGAGAGAGAGAAUGAGAGAGAGAGAGAGAGAGAGGGAGGGAGACAGAGAAAGGGAAAGAGGACGGUCAUGUUCCACUCUGUCUGAGAGGGUCCUCGCCUUUUCAAAGAAAGAAAGACAGGGAAAGAGGUUGGUCUUACUGAGGGAUUCCUUGCUUGGCUGCGGUGCGGGGACAUCCUGGCGGAAGAGGCUGCUAGACUCGGAAAACCCAUCCCCAAAUCCCACAAACCAGCGUCAGUCAGAGAGACUAGUGAUGUCACGGGACAGGCUGCCGCUGAUUGGCUCUUCUGGCAAGACAGCAGCGAUUAAACCCGCCCAGCCUGGCCUGCAGCGCCACCCUCAGGCCGGGAGGAGGAAGCGCGCCCCUCCAGCCUUGGCCACGACUGGACACCCUGACACCAUGGCCCCCUGGGGGGGCCUGUCCCUGUCGGAGUCUUCCUUCACCAGCAUCCCCCCACCUCCCCCUGCUCUCCCCGCCCCUCCUCUUCCUCACGCGCCCCACGCUCCCCGUAAGGAGGUCACGGUGGGGAGUCAUGCCCCCUCCCCCACAGCCAGCCCACAGCGGGACCCGAAGAAGGUUCCCCGGGGGGGCAGACGCAGGCCCCUCCCCCUGCACCGCCCCCCCCGCUCCCCCCGCCUCCCGCCCCUGCGUCCCGUCACCAACCUCAGCUUCUCGCGCAGUUUCACCUUCUCCUUCUUCGAGCUGCCGCUGCACCAGUCGCCCCGCGACCGGGCGGACCGCAUGCGCCACGUCUCGCUGCUCCUGCGCCAGAUCCAGUACUGACCGCGGUCCUACCGCACGCACAAACCACUGACCGCGGAUCUACCGCACACCCAGACCACUGACCGCGGAUCUACCACGUAAAAAACACUGACCGCACGCACAGACCACUGACCGUGGUCCUACCGCAUGUACAAAACACUGACCGCAGGUAAAGACCACUGACCGUGGUUCUACCGCAUGCACAGACCACUGACUGCAGUCUUACUGCACACACACACCACUGACUGCGGUCCUACCGCGUGCACAGACCACUGACCACGGUCCUACUGCACACACGGACCACUGACCUGUGAUCCUACCGCAUGUACAGACCACUGACCGCAAUCGUACAGCACUUACAGACCACUGACCUUAAACCUGCCGCACUUACAGACCACUGACCGCGGUCAAACUACUCGAGUGGACUGCAUUUCAGCCCUGCACACAGACCACACACAGACCGUGGUCCUACUGCACAUACAGACCACUGACCGCAAUUCAACCGUGCAUAUAGAUGAUUGGCUGUUCGCUAUUCACUGUACUGAUAUGGAUGGACCUUGACUGCAUUUGAACACGUGGCUGCAGCAUUCUUAUUUAGUAUUGUUUAUGUCACUGUAUGUAGGUGUAAUGUCAAACCUGAAAUAAGAUAAACUUGUAGAGUAUUACUAGUAGAUUUGAAAAGUGUGACGUUAAUUAAUUAAUUGUUCCACCAUUUUGUUUAUUUAUGUGUGUCAUGGCUCAAUCUUCUGUGUUUAUGAAACACUCUGUUUCUGUCUAACUGCAACAGGGAAGCGUUUGAUGUUUCCCAUCUCUUCAUAUUUUCAUAUCCACCUAAUUUAUUAAUUUUGCCAUCCACUGGGAUGCCAAGUACUGGGACUGAGGGAAGAAUAUCGGGCCAGCAAUCAUCCAACUGUAAACCUAUUUUCUGUGAACAAAUAUCAAAUAAAUAAAGAAAAUCUGGGACCUUU